UGAGCGGAUUGCUGCCAGGUAACAAGGAUGGGGUUGGGGGGAGGUCAGGGCGCUCCUCUUCCCUCCAGCUUCAGUGGCAUCUUGCCCUGAGGGCUGCCACGAUCUGCUCCGCACCCUGCACACCCGCCAGCAGCGGGGUCACGGAGGGAGGAAGGAAGCCCUGGCCACCCUCCAUCCUCGUGAUUCCCCGCUGUUCCUUUGUCCAUUCUGGCUUGCAGGGAGGGGAGGACCAGGCCAGGGGAUACUGUGGGGGUGACCAAGGCCCUGGCUGCUUCUUGAACUGUGGCUACCCACUCCGCUGUCCUCCCCCUGGGGAACUGAGCAUUGACAAGCGCCUCCUCUCCCGGUGGAGAGAGCCAGCCGCUCCAAAGGAGACAGAAGUAGAACUACUAGCAGUUUUAGGCGCUGCUCAAAGGGACCUGUGAGGACAGAUUGCCAAGUGUCCAACUCAGGACAGCGGCGUGACAAGUCUGCUUUCGGGGUACUCUCGCUGGAUCCUGAGACAACAGGAAAAUGACUUCCCAUGACCAAAAGGCCGUCACUCGCAGAACCAAGGUGGCUCCCACCAAGAGGAUGAGCAGGUUCUUGAAGCACUUCACAGUGGUGGGGGACGACUACCACACCUGGAAUGUCAACUACAAGAAGUGGGAGAACGAGGAGGAUGAGGAGGAGCCCGCCCCCACGUCUGCGGAGGGCGAGGGCAGUGCUGUGGGCCCAGACGCUGAGGCUGGCUCUGCCUCCACACCCAGGCCAUCCCUGGACUUCAGGAGCCGGCUAAGGAAACUCUUCAGUUCCCACAGGUUUCAGGUCAUCAUCAUCUGCCUGGUGGUCCUGGACGCCCUCCUGGUGCUGGCUGAGCUCCUUCUGGAUUUGAGGAUCAUUGAGCCGGAUCUUUCGGUCAAGAAGUAUUCCACGAAGGUAUUCCACUAUCUGAGUUUAGCCAUCCUGGCCUUCUUCGUGCUGGAGAUCUCCCUUAAAGUCUUUGUCUUCCGCUUGGAGUUCUUCCACCACAAGUUUGAGAUCCUGGAUGCCAUUGUGGUGGUGGUGUCCUUUGUCCUUGACCUCAUCCUCCUGUUUAAAAACCACCAUUUUGAAGCUCUUGGUCUGCUGAUUCUGCUUCGGCUCUGGAGGGUGGCCCGGAUCAUCAACGGUAUCAUCAUCUCAGUGAAGACACGCUCUGAACGGCAGAUCUUACGGUUAAAGCAGAUAAACCUCCAACUGGCCACCAAGAUCCAGCAUCUGGAAUUCAGCUGCUCCGAGAAGGAACAAGAAAUUGAGCGACUGAGCAAGCUGUUGAGACAGAACGGACUUCUUGAGGACGUGAACGUGAACUAAGCCUUCCAGAAGCUCCAUCCAGAGCUGGGCUGUGUCCAGAGAGCAACUGUGUGGUUUGAGGUCCAGUCCCCACCCAUCUCUGCCUUGGCUUGCACUCCUGGAUGCUGGGGACAAAUCUUCAUGGCCACAGCUGUCUCCUCCGUGUCCAUGCCCUACGCCUGCAGCAAAGGAAUCAUAACAACCUUUUCUCAAGCUGGACUCUGUUGCUUGGAAAUGGAGAAAGCUGGACUUGCAAACCAACUUGACACACAUCUGGGAUGGGGCUGGAGCCUGUGCCCUGUGCCAGCCCAUCCUGCAAACCCUUUCUUUACUAGACGGUCCACAGCUUCUCCUGCUGCAGUCCCUGGGGAGCCAUCAUGGUACCCAGCCCCACUGCAGCAUCCGGCUGUACCGUCAGCUUCGAACUGGCUCUGCACCCACCAGCAUCUUUCAGUUACUGUACAAUUAAUGUAUAAUAGGCUCUCCUUCCCCAGGGCUCGCCUACCACAUUCUCCUCAGUGGCAGCCCACACCAGCCCACCAGUUAUCCAGCCAGCUCACGGCAGGGCCCCAAGACUGCCCUGCAAUUAGCAUGCUCUUGGGGUACAACUCCCUUGGGGCACAUGGUUUUACACAGCCUCUUGCAGGUCUGUACUUCAGAUGCUGACGGGCGUUCUAAAGUCAGCUCCCACUAGACCAGGAAUGAUGCACCGAGGAGGCGUCCCACGCACUGCUGCAUCAGGCUUGCUCCCUCCUGUCUCCCAGAGGUGACUCCGCCUUUGACCUGUGUGUGCUGGACCAUCUGACCCAAUGCCCAGCAGAGCAAAGCUUCUGAGAGGGAGAAGGCAGUGGACAGGGCAGAGGGCUGCUUUAAGGGAAGUGGCAGCGAGGUUCCUGUCCUCCUGAGCUUGGGGCCCAGGUGCCCACUGCUGCCAAAGGGAAGCCCUCAUGAUGGGUACUCACCCGUGUGGGGGCCACCUCAUCAUACAAAUGGGAAGAAGAAGCUGAAGGGCAGCCUGGCAUUGAUGGUGGGUGGGGCUCGGAAGCCUGCCUCUGCAGGGGCUGACACAUCCACAAAUGUCACUGCAGUGGAAAUGACCAUGGUCCUCUCAGGCCCUGGGAGGGGCUGUAAGGAAAAGAGUCAGCACUGUCAUCAUCUUCCUCACCCGCCCUCACGGCCAGCCUGAGGAGCCGCACGGCGGGUGAGGAGCACUAUGCUAUCAACUAUGCUGGUCCAGCAGCAGCAACCACAGUUCUGUGUUCACAAGAAUUGUGACUGCAAAUAAAACUGUCAGCCUUUUUGAGUACAAGUUAAA